AUGUUGGGAUUGAUCCAGAAACGAUGCAAAUCAACAGCUCCACUAAUUCGACCGAUUCAUCGAGUUUUGAUUGCGAAUCGCGGAGAGAUUGCGAUUCGUGUGCAAAAUACGGCACGAAAAAUGGGAAUCGAGACGGUUUCCGUGUUCUCGGAUGCUGAUCGAAAUGCGCUAUUCGUCAAGAAAGCCGAUCAGGUAGGAUUUUCAAUGUGUUUGAGGGAAAUUUUUGAAAAUUCUUUUCAGGCUUAUCAUAUUGGUCCACCACUCGCCGCUGAAAGUUAUUUAAACAUGGAUAAGAUUAUCAACACGGCAUUGAAGUCAAAUUCCCAAGCAAUUCAUCCAGGAUACGGAUUUUUAUCAGAAAAUGCGGGAUUUGCUGAGAAAUGCGCUGAAGCUGGGUUGGUUUUCAUCGGACCGCCCGCGCAAGCAAUUCGGGAUAUGGGAGCGAAAAAUGUGUCGAAACAAAUUAUGGAGGAUGCAAAGGUGCCGGUUGUUAGAGGAUUUCAUGGAGCUGAUCAAUCGGAUGAGAAUUUGAGGAGAAAAUCGGAGGAAAUCGGUGAGAAUUUCUACUUUUUCUGUAGUUUUUGAAAGUUGGAAGGGUUAGUUCCUAAAUUUCUAGGAUUGGCAAACCCAGGAUUUCAUAGGUUUUUAAUGAAAUAUGUGUUUUAUAGUAGUUUUCGACCCGCUCAUCACGAUUCCGUUGUCAAAAAUUGCGAAACACAGCUCUUAUGA